UUUCAUUUUUCUAAAUAGUGACCAUUCUAGUGGGUAUGAAGUGGUAUCUCAUUGUGGUUUUGAUUUGUAUUUCCCUAAUGGCUAAUGAUGUUGUGCUGGUUUGGAACUGUAUGUAUAUCAGGCAAGUAUGUUCUUAAGGUUAAUCCAUUCCUGUAGGACCCAUUGUAAGUAGGAUCUUCUGGUGAGGCUACUUAAAUUAGGGUGUGACCCACCUUAUUCAGGGUGGGUCUUAAACCUCUUACUGGAGUCCUUUAUAAAUGGAAUGGAUACAGAGAGAGAGAGGGCAGGGAGAGAAAAAGAGAGAGAGAGAGAGGAAGCCAUGGAAACAAGAAGCUGAAAGCAAGGAAACCCAGAAGUGAAGGAAGAGACCAGCAGAUCCUGCCAUGUGCUUUACCGUGGGACAGAAGAGUCCGGGAUUACUGACAGCUGAUCUUCAGGAAGAAACCAUUGUCUUGAUGAUGCCUAGAUUUCAACAUUUUCAUGGCUACAAAAUGCUCGCUGGUGGCUGUGAUGGCAGCAGCAGCAGCAGCCUUCCUGAGCCUCUCCCACGAGCCAGCAUCACACGGUGGAAAGCACCACCUCCCUCGGCCACCCACUCCCCAGCUGCCGAUGUGACACCUUUGUCGCUGCCUCCAGGGUGGGUGUCUUGCAUGUGGACAGUGCGGCUGUGGACACUGCGGGGAGAAGAGGGAGAGGACAAACAGAGACCCCGGGAGAAGCCAUGUGAAGAUGGAGACCAGCAAGGAGGCCAUGUGGAGAUGGCGGCAGAGCGGCCUCCACAAGCCAAGGAGCACCAGGGACUGCCAGCAAACCCCAGAAGCCGAAUGAGGCCAGGAAGUCUUUACCCCUACAGGCUUCAUAUGGAGCAUGGCCCUGCUGAUACCUUGAGUUUGGAUUUCCAGCUCCAGAACCGUGACAGAAUCAAUUUCUGUCGUUUUAAGCCAUCUCGUUUGCGUUCUUGGUUACGGCAGCCCAUGGAGACUGGGAGACCAUCUCAUUAUUCACUGAUGGGGAAACUGAGGCACAGACAGCCUCCAUCCUCCCAGGUUGCUCAGUAACCAGAGGCAGAACUGAGGUCAGGGCCAAUUUUGGGGCUCGUUCAAUUACCUUUGGCUGGAUACUUUUCAAAUUUCAUGCCAUGAAUGAUUUCCCAUUUAAGAGUAAAAAACCACUAAUGGGAAGCAAAAUGCUGCCCCAGCUUGUGGGUCUUUGGCCCCCCCACUUCUGAUGGCUUGUUUGGGGGGUGCUUUGGAGCUCGAACACAGAUGAUCGGGCCUGUUUGACUUUGUUAUGAGCCAGCUGCAGGCAUGCACGAUGGAGAUGGGUUUGUGUAUUUAUUUUCCUAUCUUGAUCACGCAGGCAGCCCAGAGAGGAGGUGAGGUUGAGCAGCAGGGACAAAGAAAUGUGUGUGUUCUGACAAAUUUGGGGAAUUAACUCUGAGAUUGUUCCAAGGAGAAAAUGAUGUUUUGAAUCAGGAGUUAUAUAUCUGAGCUCACUGCCUUUUAAAGAACACCUUGUUUACUUAACUGUUCUGUUUACAGAUUUACUUAAACAUGGCUCAGUUUCAAAAAGAAUCUGAAAUGGCUAAGUUUUUAAUUAGAUUGUGAGCUCCUUGAGGUUAGGAACUAUUUUUAUUAUCUCUCUUCUUCUGACAGAAUAACUCACUUGCCCCUACCUCCUGCCUUCCUGUAGCUGGAUUCUCUACCUGUUUCUGUUGUAAUAAUCUGUUUUUGUUCCUUUGUUCUCUAUUGAACUGUAAGCUCAGUGAAGAUAGGGACUAUGUAUUACACAUCUCACACAUUCACUUAUCCAUACAUCCAACAACAAAUUAUUAAUCCAUUCAAUUAUCCAUCCAACCAAUGAACCAAACAUCCAUCCAACUAUCCAUCUAUACUCUCAGCCAUUCGUCCGUCCAUCCAUCCAUCCAUCCAUCCAUCCAUCCAUCCAUCCAUCCAUCUACACAGCCAUCCUGGGCAAAACCCCAUUCAUCCUCUCAAAACUCCAUAAAGUUGCACAAAUGAAACCAUUCAAUAUGGACCUGUUACCCAUUAUCUAGUUCUCGCUUCAUUCUAAGCACACUAAGCUAACAUGCCAAAUGUAGCACAUAUAUUAACUAAUUGAUUAAAUGAAAUUACAUUCUCCCAAAGACUCCAUGAGGUAGGGUUAUUAUUUCCAUAUUUCAGAUGAAGAAAGUAAGGCUGAGAGUUUCAGUCAUUGUCCAGGUCACGUUGUUGGUAAAUGGCAGCAUGAGCUUUAAAGCCAGAGCCUGACUCCAGAGCCCAUGCUCUUUUGCUUCACAAUGGUGGGAAGUAUUUCUGAGGGAAUGAUUUAAACUGAUGUGCACCCCCACACCCCCACAGCAAUCUAACUUCCCCCUCCCAUUCCCUCCUAAUCCUGGGGAGAGUGAGAAAAGGUCCAAGGGAGCAUUCCAUGGGGUCCAGCUCUGAGGUGAGGAAGUCCACAGUCCCCUUCUCCCACCCCCUCCGUCUUGGUUGGAUCAACUGGCAUGACGGGUACAGCUCUGCUGUGGGUGGGCAGUGAUGAGUCAGUGUGAGGGGUGGGCCAGGGAUGGCCAAUCAAUGCUAAAAGCAUCAGUCCCCAGAAGCCCUUGGAGCUUUGGGAAAAGGAAGUUUGGCUAAUUCAAGCUCACAGGAAGUCAAGUGGAGUUCACAGAGAGGACCCCUCCGGAGCCUGUGGGCUCUUCCAGUUAAUGUCCUCCAGGCAUCUUAAAUUCUGCAUGUUGAGAACUAAACCUAUUGCCUUUCUGCAUCGUCCAUCCUUUCACCUGUCUUGCUUCUCUUUCCCUGUUUCUUCAGGUAACCAGUAUCCUCUUUUUGGGGGAUAAAUUGUUCCUCUAUUGUUCCAGUUCCAAUGGGACCCACCCAUCAGAGUUCUACCCUUGGCCACAGUGGUGGGAAACUGAUCCAAAUUGGGCCAAUCAUAAUUCCACAGGUCUCAGGUCACAGUGCCAAGGAGAUGGACAUACGAUCAAGCCUGACCAAUCAGAGUUCUUCCUCGGGAUUUUUCUAACUGGAACUGGUGGGCAAAAUUGUUUUUCCUGGGUGGUUAUAAGGCUUUAAAGCUAUGAGUCUUGAGCUCUUUACAGCCAGACAGAAAGAUUGACAAAAAGACAUAGAGAGGAGGGAGGGCAUCCCGAGGGGGCCUGGGGCCCAGGUUCCAAUCAUCCCUGAAGUCAGCUCCACCUUUGACUUCCAGUUUGUUUUCAGGGCAGGGGUAGAUGGGUGGGAGGAUAAUACAUUUGCCCCUUUCCCUCUUGAUGCCUUUAUUUGGCUUUCUGUCAUUUGUGAUCAGAGAACUCUGGCAAUCACAUUAGCCAAACCAGUAAUUUUAGUAUCUUUCUUGGCAAUGAAGGUUGCCCUCUCCUUCAUCUCCUCAUCCAAUCCAAACCAAAUUUAUUAAACUCUACCUCUGAUGAGCUCUCAACUCUGCCCAUUACUUUUCAUCCCCAUAGCCUUCUGAAUCUUGGGGACUCUCUUUCUGGGUCCAAGUUUGUCUCCUCUAGUCCCUCAAUUCAGCCAGAGUAAUAUUUUCAACACACAGAUUUGACCUGGUGUGCCAGUUUGAAUGUAUUAUGUCUCCUCAAAUGCCAUUAUCUUUGAUGCAAUCUUGGGUGGGCAGACGUUUUAGUGU